GCCUGUGAUGUCAGGUUAACCUGCUGAAGAAGAGAGCGUAGAGGGAUUCUAAUGAAGCUUCUCCUGAACACAUCUUCAAUGGCUUAAAAGAGCGACUUUCUAUUGGCUUGUUACACAGGGACUGUGCAGAGAUGAAGCGUGCCAGGACGGAACAGAUCCAGUACGCAGUGACCCAGUAUCUGAAGAGGAGGCAGUACAUAGAUACAGAUGGGUCUUUGAAGGGCGCCAAACUCUCCCAGUCUGCGGAGGAGAUGGCUGCUAGUCUCACAGUUCAUACAGAGUCCAGCUGUGCAAAUGUGGUGUCUGCUGCCCCCUGCCAGUCAGACCCUCAGCAGUAUGAGACCCAGUUCUCUAGACUGCGCUCCUUCCUGAAGGAUGCAGAGGUGCCGUUGAGGAAGGAGGUUAGCGGCAUGUUGUUUCCACUCUUCCUCUACUUGCACUUGGACAUGGCGCAAUGCGGCCUGAAGGGGGCGGUAGACUCGUUCUACAGUCGCUUCCACUCGCUCUUCCAGCAGGACCCUGAACAGAAAGCCAUCGUGGAUCUGCUGCGAGGAGCCGUCACAUUGCAGGAUGUGACCUCGAAUCCUAAACUUUGCUCCCUCCUGGAUCACAAAUAUGUGGUUCACCUGACAGAUCAAGCAUAUAGCUACUUGCUACGUUACCUGCAGAGUGAUGACAACAGCGCCAUCUGCUGGGUGCUCAGCUCACAUGUACAGGUGGAAGUGACAGCAGCACGUCAAACUGACUACCAAUUGUAUGGUGCGGGGCUUGCAACGGGAAACGCAAACUCCACUUCCUCUUCCUCCGCUACCUGGACUGCAGUUGACAGGUUUGAGGGGGCGGAAUCUGUAGAUGUCACAGCAGGGCUACCUCAGAACGAGGCUGCAUUGGAUGCGUUGCAGGACUGCAUCAAGCGUGUGCGUGAGGGACCGCCUUCCCUUACCACUGUCUGCUUCUACACAUUCCAGCACACGGAUCAGCUGCUGAACACUGCCGAGGUGUCGGCGGACAACCGCUUGCUGGCGGCAGGGUUUGAUAACUCUGCCGUCAAGCUGUGGAGUUUACGGGCGCGAAAGUUGAAGGCGGGGCCUCACAGGGUCGAUGUGUCGAAAAUAAGGCUUGCCUGUGAUGUGCUGGAGGAGGAGGCAGAUGAUGAGCACACCUCAGGCAGUGAGAUCAAGACCCUGCGCGCUCACAGUGGUCCUGUGUACCGCACAUCGUUCCUGACGGACGGCUCCGGUCUGCUGUCAUGUUCAGAGGACUCCACCGUCCGCUUCUGGGAUUUGAACAGCUUCACCAACACUGUCCUGUACCGCGGUCACACCUACCCCGUCUGGGACUUAGAUGUCAGUCCCUGCAGCCUGUACUUCUCAACUGCGUCUCACGACCGCACCGCCCGCCUCUGGAGCUUUGCCCGCACAUACCCGCUCCGUCUCUACGCCGGCCACCUCUCUGACGUUGACUGCGUCAAAUUCCACCCCAACUCCAACUAUGUAGCGACAGGCUCUACUGAUAAAACCGUGCGACUGUGGAGCACGCAGCAGGGGGCAUCCGUCAGGCUGUUUACCGGGCACCGUGGCCCUGUGCUCUCGCUCGCCUUCUCGCCCAACGGAAAGUACUUGGUAUCGGCAGGAGAGGACCAGAGACUGAAGCUGUGGGACCUGGCGUCUGGUACUCUGUUUAAAGACCUCCGUGGUCACACUGACAGCAUCACCAGCCUCUCUUUCAGUCAGGACAGCAGUCUGGUGGCUUCUGCCUCCAUGGAUAAUACUGUGCGUGUGUGGGACAUACGGAACGCAUAUGGCACCACCCCGACCGACGGCUCCAGCAGCGAGCUGAUUGGACAGUACACGGGCAACACUAGUAAUAUUCUUAACGUGCAGUUCAUGGCCUGCAAUUUGCUGCUAGUGACGGGCACUGCGCUAGAAAAACAAGAACAGUGAGAGGCAAUGUGUUAUUGCAUAAUAACAUGUUCAGGUCACACUUCACCCACAAAUCAGAAGUAUAAAAUUAUAUUUUGCUUAAAUGAAGCCUAUUGGACCCUUUGGAUUUUUUUGAUUCACAUUGUUCCCAAAAAAUCGGAAUAUUUAACUUUAUCGUUUUUUUCAAUCCUCGUAAUUCUUAUUACUUUCAAAAUAACUGUAAAACAGAUUUUCUCAUGAAAAUCAGUGUAAAUUAAAGGCAGAACUGUACUACUGUAAUUUGAAUUUAAAAUCAUAUGGGCAGUACAAAAAAAAAAACUAAAACGAACUCAUUUAAAGAACAUUGUUUUUGUUUUCGCAUGGCAGUAAUUUCAUUUUUUGUAUUACGGUAAUGAGAAAAAAAAUGGUUUCAUGUUCUUUAUUAUAAUUUAUAUAGUAAUUUAUAUAUUUUGGGGGGGCAUGCGCAGUUUUUUAAAACAUUCACUUGUGUGUGUGUGUGUGUUUUGUAAAGAGAGAGCUUUUGAGAUGUUUUGGUUCACUUUUGGUGGUUAUAAUGCGUGUUGAUGCCUCGUGAUAUCAGAGGUCUACAGCCUGCUGUUCUCUUAUAGAUGUAAUUAUCAGUCAUAUAUUUAAAAAAAAUGUUAGGUCAUCAAAACUUCUAUUCUGGAUCUUUCAGCUCAUAACCUUGCUGUUGUUCUAUUGAUGGCUCACUUUUCUUUUUACAUUAGAGUUAUAAAGGUAAGGCUAAACACAUAUUCAAGACUUAUCUAAUGCAUACAUGUCUGGAUUUUCUCUAGGAAGCCAUUUGAACUUAUUUCUUCCUAACAAUAGUCCCAAUUCAGGACUGUCAACCUUUAUCAGAAUAGAUUUACAUUUUAAAUUUUUAUGCAUUUGGCAGAUGCUUUUAUCCAAAGAAACUUACAGUGCCCUUAUUACAGGGACAAUCCCCCUGGAGCAACCUGGAGUUAAGUGCCUUGCUCAAGGACACAAUGGUGGUGGCUGUGGGAAUUGAACCAACAACCUUUUGUUUACCAGUUCAGUGCUUUAGUCCACUACACCACUGUCACAUCUAAUUUUCACAACUGGAGGGUUUGUCGGCUGACCAAUCAACACUAAUUUACAGAAGUACUUCUAUAUCUCACAGCCUUGUUUUCAUUUGCAUCCAGUUACCAUAAAUAUGUUGUCUAUCCUGAUUAAAGUUCAUAAGGAUGGAGUUUAAGAGGUUUACAUCUUUGUUCCAUCAAGGUUAACUGAGCUUAGCUCAGCAAAAGUAUACAGUUUUGUUUAAAAAUAAUGUUAUUUUUCCCCAUGAUAGCUCGUUAAUCCGAUAUGAAGGUGAAACUGAUGCAGUGAUUCUAUCAGGUGUCACAGUGGCCUGUUGAAGAGAGUAAAACAUCAGAGUUUGUUCAUUAUUUGAGUUUUCUUGCAUCUGAUUUUGAAACCAUGCACUUAGUUUUUUUGUGAGCUGCUGUGAAGUUUCUUAAUGGUUUGUUCUGGUCUCGAGUGCUGUCUAUUCCUAUUCCUGAUAGCCAACGUAGUCAUGGGCCACUUAUGUCUCUUAGAAAAUGUGGAAAAAAAGAUGAGCGUUUGUAUUUUUCAUUGCUGUCAAAAGAAAUGCGUUGUUUUUGCAUCAUGCAUAUACUUGUAAAUAUAUUUUUGUAACAUU